AUGGAGCAGCACACCCACAACCACGUCGACGUCUUCAUCUGCGGCAGCGGCUCCGCCGGACUCUGUGCCGCGACCUGGCUCGCACGCUACGGCCUCACCUGCAAGAUCGUGGACUGGCGACCGGGUCCACUGGAAGUUGGGCAAGCCGACGGCGUACAGUGUCGCACAGUGGAAGUCUUCGACAGCUUCGGGAUUGCGGAGGAGCUUUUACGAGAAGCGUACCACGUUCUUGAAGUUACCUUCUGGUCGGAUGAUGGCGAGGGAGGUAUUGUGAGGAGUAGUAGGGCGCCAGAUAGAGAAGAGGGUGUUUCUCACAUGCCGCACGUGAUUCUGAAUCAGGCGAGGAUCAAUGGGUUGUUACUUGGGGCGAUGAAUAAGUUUAAUGGGCAGGUUGUGGAUUACGAUUAUGCUGUUAAGAGUGUUGAGGUGGAUAGCAAGGCAGCGAGUGAUCCGGAUGCGUAUUGUGUUACUGUCACUACUGCAAAGCAUGGGAAUGAGGAGGUAUUCAAGGCCAAAUAUGUGUUGGGAUGUGAUGGUGCCCAUAGCGCUGUACGGAAAUCACUUGGGUUCAAAAUGAUCGGAGAUAGUACCGAUUCAGUCUGGGGAGUUAUGGACGUCUACCCAAGAACCAACUUCCCAGACAUCAGACGAAAAGCCGCAUUACAAUCUCAAGCCGGGAGUCUCCUCAUAAUUCCCCGUGAGGGAGGAUCUCUCGUCCGGUUAUAUAUCGAGCUCCCAUCCGGAACGACUGCCAAAGACGUCAAGCUCGAAGACCUGCAAGCCUCAGCCCGCAAGAUCUUCCAUCCCUAUGAGACGGAAAUCGCAGAAACCUACUGGUGGUCCGCCUACUCGAUCGGCCAACGCCUUGCCGACCACUUCUCAAAAGACAAUCGCGUCUUCCUCACCGGCGACGCAUGCCAUACUCACUCCCCGAAAGCAGGACAGGGUAUGAACGUGUCUUUACAAGACGGGUACAAUAUCGGAUGGAAGCUGGCAUCCAUCCUCAAAGGCCAAGCAAAACCAGAUCUCUUGAAGACUUACAAUCUUGAACGAGAGAAAGUCGCAGCUGAUCUCAUUGAAUUUGAUCGCGGCUUUGCGAAAGCUUUUGCGUCGAAGUCUGUCAAAGAUGGUGUGAAUGAGAAGAAGUUUAGUGAGUUGUUUGUUCAAGCUGGACGGUAUACGGCGGGUUUGACGUCUAGAUAUGGCGAUUCGUUGAUUACGAGGGCGGAAUGGAGUACGCAGAGUCUCGCUUCGAAUUUGACUGUCGGGAUGAGGUUCCCAAGUACGCAAGUUGUGAGGCAUUGUGAUGCCAAAGCGAUGCAGCUGGUCAAGGCGCUGCCUGCGGAUGGUCGGUGGAGAAUCGUUGUUUUUGCGGGAGAUAUUCGGGAUGGUCUUGCUGCUGAGAGACUAAACAAGCUUGCGAUUUACCUCUCAUCCGUGAAAAGUCCCGUCAGCAAAUACACCCCGGCAGGAGCCGAUGUCGACAGCUUCAUCGAAGCCAUUUUAGUUAUAUCCGGCAAACGAAUACAGAUAGAGCAAGACCAAAUACCUAAUUAUUUCUGGCCAGUGACUGGCAAAUAUCGGAUGAGAGAUAUCCACAAAACGUUUAUUGAUGAUGAGAGCUACAACAAUGGUCACGGGAAAGCGUAUGAAUUUUAUGGAGUAGACCCGAAAGCCGGCGCACUUGCCAUUGUGCGCCCGGAUCAAUAUGUUUCACUUGUUACAGGAAUCGAUGAACUUGAGUUGAUCGGACAGUUCUUCGACUGGUUUGCGGUGGGGAGGCCAAGGUCGGAUCAGUUUGAUCUGGAGGAUAUCGUGAAAAUGGGAUGA